AUGUUUAUGGAUAUCAUGCGUGAUCCUAGCCUGGAUAUCAUCUAUAUCGUGGUUGAUGCUCUGGACGAAUGUGUGCAGGACCAAGACAAGCUCUUACAGUUUAUUCUGCGAGAGACACAAGAAACACCCCGUGUUAAAUGGAUCAUUUCUAGCCGGAACCAUGUUCAACAGCGUACACGGCUCGUGGAAUCACAGUCUAUACUGAGCCUGGAACUGCAGGAAAACGCCGAAGCCGUGCUUCUGGCCAUCGGAGCUUACAUCUCGAACCGGUUAGCGGAACUUGAGUGUCUGGAGGAUGAUGAUACUUUGCGGGAAUAUGUUCAGCAGACUCUCCAUAAAAAAGCCGAAGGAACGUUUCUCUGGGUGGCGCUCGUCGUUCAGGAACUUCAGUAUUUGCUUCUACUUGGCCAGGCAAUCUCGUAG